GAGAAAGCUUUUCAGAGAGCGAGGCGGCUGCAGCUGGCGCCGGGAACGUGGGGGCUCCCUCCUGGGGACUGUCAGAGCCCUGUCAGCUGGGGAGUGUCUGCGGCCGGCGGAGAGCCCCCAGUCCGGGGGUAGGAACUCCCUGGCGUGUGCUUCCCAGCCGAGGAGCCCGCGCAGCCGUGCAGAUUUUCUGAAACAAUGGCGACACCCCGGAGGAGGACAAAGAAAAAAGCAUCUUUUGAUCAUUCUCCGGAUAGCCUGCCUUUGAGGAGCUCCGGUAGGCAGGCGAAGAAAAAAGCAACAGAGACAACAGACGAGGACGAAGACGGCGGGUCAGAGAAGAAAUAUAGGCGAUGUGAGAAGUCAGGCUGCACAGUAGCGUGUCCCGUGUGCUUUGCAAGCGCUUCUGAAAGAUGUGCCAAAAACGGCUACACAUCCCGAUGGUAUCACCUCUCCUGUGGGGAGCAUUUCUGUAACGAAUGCUUUGACCAUUACUACAGAAGCCACAAGGACGGAUAUGACAAAUACACUACCUGGAAAAAAAUAUGGACUAGCAAUGGAAAAACCGAACCUAGUCCCAAAGCUUUCAUGGCAGACCAGCAGCUCCCCUACUGGGUUCAGUGUACAAAACCUGAGUGUAGAAAAUGGAGACAACUUACCAAGGAAAUCCAUCUUACUCCACAGAUAGCAAGGACCUACCGAUGUGGUAUGAAAUCAAAUACUACCAUUAAGCCCGAGACCUCAGAUCAUUGCUCCCUUCCAGAGGAUCUAAGAGUGUCGGAAGUUUCCAACCACUGGUGGUACUCCAUGCUCAUCCUCCCUCCUUUGCUGAAAGACAGCGUGGCGGCACCCCUGCUCUCUGCCUACUACCCCGACUGCGUGGGCAUGAGUCCCUCCUGCACCAGCACCCACAGUGCAGCUGGCAGCACCAGCCCUGGGAAGCUGGAGCACUCCAAGGCUGUCCCCUCUGCGCUGGUUCCAGGCAUGAACCGGUACUUCCAGCCUUUCUACCAGCCCAAUGAGUGUGGCAAAGCCCUGUGCGUGCGGCCGGACGUGAUGGAGCUGGACGAGCUCUAUGAGUUCCCAGAGUAUUCCCGAGACCCCACCAUGUACCUGGCUUUGCGGAACCUCAUCCUUGCGCUGUGGUACACUAACUGCAAAGAAGCUCUUACCCCUCAGAAAUGUAUUCCUCACAUCAUUGUCCGGGGUCUCGUGCGUAUCCGGUGUGUUCAGGAAGUAGAGAGGAUACUUUAUUUUAUGACGAGGAAAGGUCUCAUCAACACGGGAGUUCUUGGCGUUGGCACCGACCAGCAUCUUCUUCCUAAAGAUUACCACAACAAAUCAGUCAUCAUCAUCGGGGCUGGUCCAGCAGGAUUAGCAGCUGCUAGGCAAUUGCAUAACUUUGGAAUUAAGGUAACUGUCCUGGAAGCCAAAGACCGAAUUGGAGGCCGAGUAUGGGAUGAUAAAUCUUUUAAAGGUGUCACAGUGGGAAGAGGAGCCCAGAUUGUCAAUGGCUGUAUCAACAACCCAGUAGCACUAAUGUGUGAACAACUUGGCAUCAGCAUGCAUAAAUUUGGAGAGAGAUGUGACUUAAUUCAGGAAGGUGGACGAAUAACUGACCCCACUAUUGACAAGCGCAUGGAUUUUCAUUUUAAUGCUCUCUUGGAUGUUGUCUCUGAGUGGAGAAAGGAUAAGACUCAGCUCCAAGAUGUUCCUUUAGGAGAAAAGAUAGAGGAGAUCUACAAAGCUUUCAUCAAGGAGUCUGGUAUCCAUUUCAGUGAACUUGAGGAGCAGGUGCUUCAUUUCCACCUCAGCAACCUGGAGUAUGCCUGCGGCAGCAACCUCCAUCAGGUGUCUGCUCGCUCCUGGGACCACAACGAAUUCUUUGCCCAGUUUGCUGGUGACCAUACUCUGCUAAUGCCUGGCUACUCCGUAAUCCUUGAAAAACUAGCAGAAGGCCUAGAUAUUCGGCUCGAGUCUCCAGUACAGAGCAUUGAUUAUUCUGGAGAUGAAGUGCAGGUUACCAUCACGGAUGGGACAGGGUGUACAGCACAAAAGGUAUUAGUCACUGUCCCCCUGGCCUUACUGCAGAAGGGGGCCAUUCACUUUAACCCACCGCUGUCAGACAAGAAGAUGAAGGCUAUCAACAGCUUAGGCGCAGGCAUCAUUGAAAAGAUUGCCUUGCAAUUUCCUUAUCGAUUUUGGGACAGUAAAGUUCAAGGGGCUGACUUUUUCGGUCACGUACCUCCUAGUGCCAGCAAGCGGGGGCUUUUUGCUGUGUUCUAUGACAUGGAUCCCCAGAAGCAGCACAGCGUGCUGAUGUCGGUGGUCGCCGGGGAGGCGGUGGCGUCCGUGAGGACCCUGGAUGACAAGCAGGUGCUGCAGCAGUGCAUGGCUGUCCUCCGGGAGCUGUUCAAGGAGCAGGAAGUCCCAGAUCCCACGAAGUAUUUUGUCACUCGGUGGAGCACAGACCCCUGGAUCCAGAUGGCGUACAGCUUUGUGAAGACAGGUGGGAGCGGAGAAGCCUACGAUAUCAUUGCCGAGGAAAUACAAGGAACGGUCUUUUUUGCUGGCGAGGCAACAAACAGGCAUUUUCCACAAACUGUUACAGGGGCAUAUUUGAGUGGUGUUCGAGAAGCAAGCAAGAUCGCAGCAUUUUGAGUAGAAUUUGUCUGGACCCAGCUUUCUUCUGUGUCCCAAAUGGUAAAGUUUGAAACACAUGUUAAACCUCACUUUCAUAAAACCAAACAAAAAAACCUUCUCUGAGAGCAUUCUUAGCCCCAAGAAUCCGUUUGAAGCACUUAUAUUUAAUUGCUUUUUCCACAGGCUGAUUAGGGCUAAGUCCUCUGUAUUUCAGAAUAAGGCAGAACAGAACCUUAAAUUAAGAUUUUGGAUUGGAUUUCUUCCAUGGUUGGAGACUCCCUUUAAAUUUGAUAUUUUGUUGGGCUCAUCAGUUUUCAAACAUUGAGAAACCAAGCAGCAAUUGCUAAAAAACCAGAUAAAGCCAUGUAUUUUUCUUCUGUGGCAGUUUAUCAGUAUCUCUGCCAGUGAGCCUUAAGACUUUUCUAUAGCUCCAAUAUUGAACUUUUACUUAAAAUUUAGAUAAGAAUCUGUCCAUUUCGGAUACAGCACAAACUUCAGUUAAAAGUAAAUGAAACUUCUAGACUAUUUUAUAUUGUACAUAUUUCUUUCCAUUGGGUUAUUCAAAAAUUUAAAUUCAGGUAUCUUUUGUGAUACAUUUUAGAUUUGUGCACUCAUUGGCAAAACAACAUUUUCAAUUCCUUAAACAGCAUAGGUAUUCUGUCAUUAAGAAUGGGGUAGAGAUAGUCUAGUCUUCAUACUUUAGACCAUUUAGAAUAUGGCUAUUUUUCUAAGAGCCAAGUUUGGGUGGAUGGCACACUUUAAAGAGCCUUAAUUUUGGCACCCACUAGCAAAAAGAUCUUUCUUGUCAGAAUACUUUAGUAAGAAACUCCCUCUACUGCUUUUUAAAAUAACAGAUUCAGACUUUAGGAGUAUUUUUUACAGCAUUAUGUUUUCAGUAUUCCAUAGGCAGGUCCACUGGAAAACUGCAGAAAAAUGGGAUAUCCUGGUAAAUAUUACCCAUUUAAAGCCAUAUCUUAAAAGCCUGAGAAUAUGGCAGAUACUUUUUCCUUUUUUCACUCAUGACAAAAUAAUUCAAUUAAAAUAAACACUGGUUUCAGGGUCUUCAGGAUGCUUAUCUUGCCAAGAAGUUAGAAAAGUGGAUGGUAACUUAAGUGCUUUUGUUUUAAAAAGUGUGAACAGUUCUUUCAAUUAUAUUAGUCUGCUUCAAAAAGGGACUCAAAAUGACUUUAAAGACACGUUGCAAAAUAUUAGGUAUUUUUAAAAUUUAAAGUCAACUUCUAAGUAGAAAUAGUAUUUUAUGCAAACUUUAGACAGAAUUUAGACACAUUCCCUCCCCAUCAAAGUAUGAUACACAGAAAAGGCAACAGCCGUAAAUUGGUUUCAAAGUUGGGUUAACCCAGGAAAAUGUUGAUAUUUAGAUUAUCUGAUGAGACUCAUUGGUACUGAUUGGGAAGUAUUCUGCUUUAAAAUGCUAUGUUUUAAAAUGUUUAAAGAAUAGCAUGUGUUCAGUGAUAAACGCAAAAUAUUUUAAGUUUGAAAUGGCUCAUGAUUGUUUAGUUUCUGGGCACUUAAACUUGUACUGUGCUUAGAAGCAAACUGCGGAAAAACCUAGUUAGCUCAAGUACAGUACAGUAAGUAUGUACGUAAAAAAUUUCCUGUCUCAAGUGACUCAUUUGACUUUUUGUUCGUUAAGGAACCACGGUACUUUUCUUGAGUUUGUUUUUCACUGUUUGAAGAUUCUGUAAUUGAAUAGCAGUGAAUACAGUGUUUUAACUGCAGAUUGUGAACAGCUGGUUGUGUAAAACUGCUUAAUAAAAACUAGACUUGU